AUGGAUUUAAAUCCUCCAGCAUUCUUUCGAUUUUCCGAUUUAUUACGAAAAUCUCAUUCUCAAAGCAAAUCAGAGAGUAAAGGAAAAGGAAAGGCCAUAGCGGUUGAUUUUACAACUAAUUUGUUGGAAAAUAUUCAUCAAGCGCAAGAAGAAUUGAAAUACAAUUUAAGUCAAUUUAAGCAAAUUCUUCAACAAAAUCAAAAUAUUCAAUGGCAACAACAAGCCUCUGAUGAUAAUCAUAAAGCGAACGAAUACGGAUCAGAUCUUUUUUUCAACGACCUUCCAACAUCAUAUUUUUAUGAUGAUUUUCAUGAUAAUGAUGAAACUCAGGACUUUAGUUUAGAUGGUAUUCAUGAUCAAUAUGAAGAUGAAAGUGUGUCAUUGAACAGGGAAUGGUUUUUAAAGCAAUGUGAAUCACAUAUAUCAACAUUUGGAGAUGUAGGUGGUGCUAUAACACCCAUAAAGUUAUGUACAAAUAUAUUCACAGUACUGAGGUCUAAGCAAGAUGACAUUGAAACGGAGCUCGUUGAUCUCCUUGGAUAUGAAAACCUUAAUUUUGUUACAACACUGGUGACUAACCGGUUCGAGAUCGUUGAAAACAUACGUAUGAAUUCUGAUUUUGAUGAAAAUCAAAUGGAUUCUUUUGAGAAAUCGGAUCUUCCGUUAGAUUCAAUCCCAACUGAGCCAAAGCGCCCUCAGUUUGGUUCUCAAAUUACCGUUCAGUUUGCAGAUGAUGUAAAAAAAAUGAAACGAUUGAAAAAGGAACACAAAAAGGCAAUGAAAAAUCGGAGUGCUGAGGAUGAAGAAUCCCUAUCUGCCAAAAUAUUAGGUUUUGACAGUGAUAAGCUACGUGAAAUUAGAGAACAUGAAUUACGCUCUGCAAAUGAUUUACCCCCACUUCCUCAGCGCAAAACUCUUUCGGAGAGUUUCAAGCAUGUCUUUGGAAAAACUCAACCUGGCAGUGUGUUAUCUGUCUUCGGAACCAAAUAUUCGCUACCAGCUGGCACUAAACAACAUAGUUUUACCGAUCAUGAAGAAAUAAUAAUUCCCAUCACCCAACAAGCGCCACAGCUAAAAAACCAAAAGUUAAUUAUUAUAGGAGAAAUGGAUUAUCUUUGUAAAGGUUCAUUUAAAGGAUAUAAAUCGCUUAAUUGUGUACAAUCAAUCGUUUACCCAGUUGCUUAUAAAAAAAAUGAUAAUAUGCUGAUUUGUGCUCCCACAGGAGCAGGCAAGACAGACGUAGCUAUGCUUGCAAUUCUCCGUAUCUUAUAUCAAUACUGUGAUCCUAACCCCUCAACAAUUUCAGAAAAUCAAAAGUUUACGAUUAGAAAGAAUGAGUUUAAGGUCGUUUAUAUUGCACCAAUGAAAGCUUUAGUGGCCGAAAUUGUGAAAAAACUUGGUAAAAGAUUAGAAUGGUUAGGCAUUCAAGUGAGAGAAUUAACAGGUGAUAUACAAUUAACCAAGGCAGAAAUUUCUAGUACUCAAAUCAUCGUAACUACCCCUGAAAAAUGGGAUGUAGUGACAAGAAAGAGUACGGGAGAUACCGAGCUGUCAAAAAAAGUCAAAUUGCUUAUCAUUGAUGAAGUGCAUUUAUUACAUGAUGAUCGAGGUGCUGUUCUUGAAAGUCUUGUUGCUAGAACACGUCGUCAGGUUGAAUCUAGUCAAUCAAUGAUUCGUAUUAUCGGUCUUUCAGCGACUUUACAUAAUUAUGUGGAUGUGGCUCGAUUUUUAGGUGUGAACCUUAGUAAUGGUGCAGAGGGUCUAUUUUAUUUUGACGGAGGGUUUAGACCUGUACCGCUUGAACAACAUUUUAUUGGUGUAAAAGGAAAACCCGGAUCUGCGACUUCCAAUACCAAUCUUAAUCAUGUAUUGGAUCUUGUCAAGAAAGGACAUCAAGUGAUGGUUUUUGUUCAUGCGCGAAAAGAAACUGUAAAAACGGCUCAAUUAUUACGUGAAUAUGCCAUUAAGGAGGGACAGGAUG